AUGAGCUGGACAGGAGAGGGAGCCAAAGUGAAGGCUGGCGCGACAGAGCGCUCUGUCUUGCCGCAGACUAUUGAGGAGCAUCUUCCUCGGGUCGUUACGGCGUUUUUACACACAGGGGAUUCUACUACCUUAAAACAUGCCAACUGCUCACGGAGAUACGAGCUCAGUGCUCUGCGAGGAAGGUCUCAUACGGCCCCGCAUUAUACCAUGCACAGCGUGCUGGACACUGUGAUGCACGCUACUAACUUCCUAAACAUGAUACUGCAAGCCAACAGGUCAAGGGAGCAGAGUCUCCGACGAGACAUUGAGUGGUACCACGCGCUGGUCAGGAGUAUAUUGGAGGGGGACUCCAAGAUCCACAGGGCCGUGGUCAUAUUCAACACUGAGUCGUCUGCCCAAGGCCCCUCUGUCUUUCUCCAAGCUACGAGAGCAGGAGGCGAGAUAGUUCUCCAGGAUCUCUCCAGCACGGCCCACCAUCAGCUCAAAAACAGAACGGCCGAGACAGAGUGGUACCACGACAUCAAAGACAAGAAGAAGCCCCACUUCCACAAAAGGGUGUUGAGCCAAGACAUUACAUCAGUUGACGCUUCUCUGAAAAGAGGAGAGAGUUUCAUACCUGACAAAUCCCAUAUCAAAUGGUCAGCACCAUACCUGGAGUGUGAACACGGGAAUUUCAUCCCGCGGUGGCUUUUGACCCUAUCAGCUGGUUUCUAUGGCCUCAAACGCAACCUGGCUCCAGAGUUCAGGGGUGUGGUUCGAGUGGAUGUCAAUCUGCAGGAUGUUGACAUCGACCAGUGCUCUGCGGAUGGCUGGUUUGCUGGGACCCAUCGAUGCAACCUGACUACUAUGGAGUGCAUGUCUAUCCGAGGCCAUGGGUUUGUGCUCGACAAAUACAAAUGCCAGUGCAAGAGAGGCUUCUACCACCCCAACAGAGUGGCGGUCAAUGGCUUCAAAAGUUGGGGCAGAAAGGGAAAAGCAUCAGACGGGAGUCCUAACCUGGCCGAGGGGUCGUCCAGCGACUGCCUGCCCUGUCAGGAGGGCUGUGCCUACUGCAAGGAUGACACGCCCUGUGUUGCUCGAAGCGACAGCGCCCUGCGCAUGGCCGUGCUCUCCUUCCAGGUCCUGUGUAUGCUGGUGGACUUUGUCAGCAUGGUGAUCAUCUACCACUUCCGCAGGAACAAGAGUAUCAGAGCCUCUGGGGUAGUUCUAUUGGAGGCCAUCCUGACUGGAGCACUGCUUCUCUACUUUCCGGUGGUCAUUCUGUAUUUCCAGCCGAGUGUAUUCCGCUGUAUCUUGUUGAGAUGGGUUCGCCUGUUGGGAUUCACCACAGUCUAUGGGACAGUGACCCUAAAGCUCUACAGGGUCCUGAAGGUGUUCCUGUCGCGAACGGCCCAGCGGAUCCCCUACAUGACCAGUUGGCGGGUGCUGCGUCUCCUGGCCAUUAUCCUGCUCAUCGUCUGCUGGUUCCUGGUGGCCUGGACCUCGGCCGUCUGCCAGAACCUGGACAGGAACCUGGCCCUCAUCGAGGUGGGCUACACCCCUGACCCGGAUGGGCUCCAGUUCAGCAUGUGCCUGCUAGAUCGCUGGGACUACAUGAUGGCCGUCGCGGAGUUCCUGUUCCUGCUGUGGGGAGUGUAUCUGUGUUACACUGUGAGGACGGUGCCGUCGGCCUUCCAUGAGCCCCGUUACAUGGCCAUCGCCCUCCACAACGAGCUCGUCCUGUCUGCCAUCUUCCACGUUAUUAGGUUUACUCUUGCACCUGAGCUCCACCCAGACUGGAUGCUGCUACUAUGGUUUGCUCACACCCACCUGACUGUAACUGUCACUCUGGGGCUAAUGAUUGUCCCCAAGUUUCUGUUUCAUGGUACUCACAUGAGAGAUGAUAUUGCCUCUGAGGCCUAUGAGGAUGAAUUGGACAUGGGUCGCUCUGGAUCUUACCUCAACAGCAGCAUAACAUCCGCCUGGAGCGAACACAGUCUGGAUCCGGAGGACAUCCGGGAGGAGCUGAAGAAACUGUACUCCCAGUUGGAGAUCUACAAGAGGAAGAAGAUGUUGGCCAACAACCCUCACCUACAGAAGAAGCGCAGCUCCAAGAAGGGACUGGGUCGUUCCUUGAUGAGACGCAUUACGGAGAUCCCAGAGACGGUACACCGGCAGUGCAGCCGUGAAGACAAGGAAGGGGGCGAUCAUGGGAGCAAUCGCAACAGCAUCUGCGUCUUGAGGAAGAACACCUUCGACCCCUCUCAUCCGGGGAAGCCUGCCAAAGAGGAGUCCCUGAAGAGCAAGGUCUUCACCCUGAAGAAGUCGCACAGUAGCUACGACCAUGUCCGCGACCAGAGCGAGGACUCCAGCAGCUCUGCUACUGACAAGAUGGAGGUUAUGACCACUGAGGGAUCCCUUAUAGACACCCUGAUAGGCAAAAAGCUGGUUAAGAAGAAGUCCAAUGAGAAGAUAGAUGCUGUGAGUGAAUUGACUGAGAACGUUCCCUUGGUCUGCAAGUCGGCCAGUGCUCAUAACCUGACACAAGACAAGAAGCCCAUCCACCCAAGAACGUCCAUGCUACAGAAGUCACUGAGCGUCAUCGCCAGCGCCAAAGAGAAGACCUUGGGCUUGACAGGAGGGAAGACACAAACUGUUGAAGACAGCAGCAAGAAGGUCCAACAGAACGCUAAAGAAACCAAGGGAAGUCCAGAUUCAGAAGACGAUUGCUAUCCUCACAUGAUCGGUAGUCAGUCCGUGGAGUACAAGCAGACUGCAGCGAAAACUGGGAUCAUGAAGCAGCAGGUGAGUGGCAGCCAGCCAUCCAUCUGCUCCGACCCAUCGAAGGCCAAGGAAAUACAAGACCUCACAGAGGUGUGUCCUUGGGAAGUAGAGGACCUGCCAACACCUUCUGAGAACAAGGUCCAGAAGCAUGUCUCCAUAGCACCCGAGGAAACCACCACAGUCCAUGGAAAUGGAACCAAGGGGGUCAAGCCCCAACAGCAAAAGCAGAAAGGUAGUGACCAGUCCUCCACAAGCUCCCGGCAUUCUAAAGACAUCCAGCGAGCAGACAUAUGCCCCUGGGAGGAUGGAGGUGAGAGCAAAGCCCCAGUGGAGGGAUCCAAGCCGCAAUUCUCCAGUCAGGUUCCUCAACCUGCUAAGAAUAUCCAGUCUAACCAGCCUCCACCUGCAGCAGAGAGCUCUAAAAAGAAGGUUGACGUAUGCCCUUGGGUCUUUGAAGAGGAGCCUGCCAGGAUGGCUGAGGUAGCUUGUUCACCUGACAAGACUAGGCACAACAAGUGCACUACUCUAGUGGAGAGCAAAGGGAAAGGUGCUCUGUCAGAACCACCCUGCAAAUCACCAGGCAGCUCUCUCCUCCAGCCGGUUGCAAAGGUUGACGUCUGUCCCUGGGAUUAUGACACCCCAGCGAUAUCUCCCAAUUCUGAGAAAACUCCUAGUCCUACUACAGUUUCCAAAACAAAGGAAUUCCCCUCCAAAAAGAAGGGCACACCUUUCGCAAGAACUUUUGAGAAGGAGAAAGAGAAGGCAAAAUACACUGACGAUGACAACUUUAGAGCGAAAGCCAAGGACAAAAGUAAAUCCACAGAGAAACAUAUGAGCCAAUCCAAAAUGACGGAGGUGUGCCCUUGGGACGUGGAGAAGAAUUAUAUCUACCAUUGA